AUGCCGAAGAAGAAGAAGAAGAAGAAGAAGAAGAAGAAGAAGAAGAAGAAGAAGAAGAAGAAGAAGAAGAAGAAGAAGAAGAAGAAGAAGAAGAAUGAUGCACAAUGCAGCGGAGAAGAAGAAGAAGAAGAAGAAGAAGAAGAAGAAGAAGAAGAAGAAGAAGAAGAAGAAGAAGAAGAAGAAGGAGAAGGA